CGCCUGCCGGGCUGUCCCGGGCCCGGCGCGGCCGUGGGGAAUGGCCGGCAGAAGCCGCCGGUCCUGGCUGAGCGUGUUGCUGGGGCUGGUGCUGGGCUUCGUCCUGGCCUCGCGGCUGAUCCUGCCCCGCGCCUCGGAGCUGAAGAAAGCGGGGCACCGGCGCCAGGCCAGCCCCGAGGGCUGUGGGGGGCGGCUGCGCGGAGACCCCCGCGCUGCUCUGCUGUGGCGCCGCGACCCCAGCGGCCCCCGGGACGACGUCCCGCCUGCCGAGAGCUUCCUUUUCGUGGGGGUCAUGACCGCCCAGAAAUACCUGCAGAGCCGGGCCGUGGCUGCCCACAGGACCUGGUCCAACACCAUACCCGGCAAAGUUGAGUUCUUCUCCAGCGAGGGCUCUGACACCUCCAUUCCAAUCCCGAUAGUGCCAUUGCCAGGUGUGGAUGACUCCUACCCUCCCCAGAAGAAAUCCUUCAUGAUGCUGAAGUACAUGCACGACCACUACUUGGACAAAUACGAAUGGUUUAUGAGGGCAGAUGAUGACGUUUACAUCAAAGGGGAUAAACUGGAGAACUUUCUCCGGAGCCUGAACAGCAGCGAGCCCCUCUUCCUUGGACAGACUGGGCUUGGCACCACUGAAGAGAUGGGGAAACUGGCUCUGGAGCCUGGUGAGAACUUCUGCAUGGGGGGCCCAGGAGUGAUCAUGAGCCGGGAAGUGCUGCGCAGAAUGGUGCCUCAUAUCGGAGAGUGCCUGCGAGAGAUGUAUACCACCCAUGAAGAUGUGGAAGUGGGGCGCUGUGUGCGGAGAUUCGCGGGAGUGCAGUGUGUGUGGUCUUAUGAGAUGCAGCAGCUGUUUUAUGAAAACUACGAGCAGAACAAGAAAGGCUACAUCCGAGACCUCCGAAACAGCAAGAUACACAGAGCUAUAACACUGCAUCCCAACAAGAACCCGCCAUACCAGUAUAGACUUCAUAGUUACAUGCUGAGUCGCAAAAUAGCAGAACUUCGUCACCGGACGAUACAGCUGCACAGGGAGAUUGUCCUGAUGAGCAAAUACAGCAAUGCAGAAAUCCGCAAAGAUGACCUCCAGCUGGGCAUUGCGCCGUCCUUCAUGAGGUUCCAGCCGCGGCAACGUGAGGAGGUCUUGGAGUGGGAGUUCCUUACAGGGAAAUAUCUCUAUUCUGCUGCCGAUGGACAGCCCCCUCGGAGAGGGAUGGAUUCAUCUCAGCGCGAAGCAUUGGAUGACAUUGUUAUGCAGGUCAUGGAAAUGAUCAAUGCCAAUGCUAAGACCAGAGGACGGAUCAUAGAUUUCAAAGAGGUACAGUAUGGCUAUCGCAGAAUAAAUCCUAUGUAUGGGGCAGAAUAUGUUCUUGACUUGUUGCUUCUGUACAAGAAGCACAAGGGGAAGAAGAUGACAGUUCCUGUUAGAAGGCAUGCCUACCUACAACAGACCUUCAGCAAGAUCCAGUUCAUGGAGCACGAAGAGAUGGAUGCCAAAGAGUUGGCCAGCAAAAUUAACCAGGACUCUGGAUCCUUGUCUUUCCUAUCCAAUUCACUGAAGAUGUUUGUUCCAUUCCAGCUCACUGGCUCAAAGGCAGAGCGAAAAGAGCCCAAAGACAAGAAGAUCAACAUCUUAAUUCCUCUGUCUGGACGCUUUGAUAUGUUUGCAAGAUUCAUGGGGAACUUCGAGAAAACUUGUCUCAUUCCAAAUCAAAAUGUCAAGCUGGUUGUCCUGCUUUUCAAUUCCGACUCAAACCCCGACAAGGCGAAACAAGUGGAAUUAAUGAGAGAUUACCGUAUUAAGUACCCCAAGGCUGACAUGCAGAUCUUGCCGGUGUCUGGGGAGUUCUCAAGAGCUUUGGCUCUUGAAGUUGGGUCUUCCCAGUUUCAGAAUGAGUCUUUGCUUUUUUUCUGCGAUGUUGACCUGGUGUUUACCACGGAGUUUCUCCAGAGGUGUAGAGCCAAUACAGUAUUGGGCCAACAAGUAUACUUUCCAAUCAUCUUUAGCCAGUAUGAUCCAAAGAUUGUUUAUAGUGGAAAAGUUCCCAGUGACAAUCAUUUUGCCUUCACCCAGAAAACAGGUUUCUGGAGGAACUAUGGCUUUGGCAUCACUUGUAUUUACAAGGGAGAUCUCCUUCGAGCAGGUGGUUUUGAUGUCUCAAUUCAAGGUUGGGGCCUGGAGGAUGUGGACCUGUUUAACAAAGUCAUUCAAGCUGGGUUAAAGACUCUCCGAAGCCAGGAGAUUGGAGUAGUCCAUGUGCAUCAUCCUGUCUUUUGUGACCCUAAUCUUGACCCAAAACAAUAUAAAAUGUGCUUGGGGUCCAAAGCUUCAACCUAUGGAUCCACACAACAAUUAGCUGAACUAUGGCUUGAAAAGAAUGACCCAGGUUUUGGGAAAAGCAGCAAUACUAAUGGCUCAGUGAGGACAGCCUAGUGUCCAGCUAUGCUGGAGAAGACUCUCUCUUGCUCUGUUUUUUUGGUUUUUUUUUUUAAUUAUCUAAUUUAUUUUUUGGAAAAUGUUUUUGAUAGUUCACUUUUAAAGACCAUACAGGAUAUAUUUUAGAAGUCAUCAUCGUUUUCUUACAAAGAAUUCCUCUCUCUUUUUUCAUUUUGAACAAAACUGUGAUCAGUAUUUGCCUUCCAAAAAAAUUUGGCAGUGUGAUCUGGCAGAUCACCAGAAGUCUGACUUGAAAUAGAAUUUCGUUACGAACAAAAGAUUGUUUUUUUCCUUACCUUUUCUGUUGCUGUCCUCUUUGCUAGGAUUCUCUUAAUUGGAAACUGAACAUUCAAGCAAAGUGGCACAUCACUGUAUCCAAAUGUUCAGUUAUGACUUACAUUACACAGUUUCUACUCUUUAAAAAUAAUAUAGCCAUUUUGAUCAAAUUUUGUUAGGAAAAAAAGCAAAUCGGUGUGCCUGUUAAUUGCAGGGGUUUAAGGUGGUUGACUAUUUCAACCUAAAUUACACUUUGGCUUAUCAAGGCCAGGCAAGGAAAACAAGCACAACCUUUUAGAAACGUUGUUUUGUUGUUCUUGGUCCAUAUCUGGAUCUACUGCUUCAGAAUCCACAUGGAUUCUAGGUGUUGGUCUCGAUCGCUGUCCUGUCUAGAGCAGAGAUCACAUGAUGGUGAUAUGCUAAAUUGUAAUAAUUGUACAUGGGAGGGAAAAUGAGAAUUUACUGCUGAAAAACAAAAAAUGACAUCAUUAGGAAUUGGAGAUCCCCAAGAAGAUCAUUGGGAAAAAAAAUUAUAUAGAAAAUGUACUGCAUCUGAUUGCGUUAAUUUUGUUCAGUCAGUUACAAGAUGUUAAUGGGAACAAUUAUUACAUUCUUUGAGUACUAGUUGUUUUGUUUUUCUGUAUCUGAUAGGUCUUUAAUUUAUUUAAUAUCCAUUGUUUUUAGGUUCUUGUCCUUUCCUUGAAUAUCUGUUAGUCAUUUUAAUAUUUAUAUCUAUAUAUUUUAGGAAUGUAUUGCAUUUUCUCACUGUUAAGAUAGUGUACAUCAUAUAUUUGCAGUAAACAGAUCUCCAAAGAUUUCUUUUGAAAGUAUUUUUUUUCCAUGAAUUCCCCCCUCUCCCCCCCCCAGAUUUCUGUAAAAUGUACUGAGUAACUUUGGGUGAGGUGGGAGGAGGUAGAAUGGAUAAAAUGUGCUCCCUAAGAGUUAUCACCUAGGAAAGGUUAAAGAAAUACACAAAAUGAAGUGCCUUAAAGCCGACACAGGUAACCUUUCACAUUGACUUCAAACAGUGACAGAUAUUGCCGUUGAAGCAGGUACAUUGGGAUCUACCUAUUUGUAAAUACCUUGUUCAGAAGGAAAAAUAAAACCAGUGAACAAUAUAUUUUUCUAUUGUACUCUUCAGCACCAUUUUGUUUCAUUAUUCCUAGUUCCACGUUACCUGCCCUUUUGGGAGGUGGAGGACAGUGAAAAGAUGAAAAUUGAUGCUUAGAGUGUUACCAUGUUGUGAGAAGUCUUAGAAAAAAAUAACCAGUGGUUAUAUACUUGUGGAAUAUGAAUUGCUAGUGUAGAUUCAGUGUCAUGUCAUGGUCGUCAUUUCUUUUGUUGGUGACAGCCCCAAGGAUGUAGGUACUCGGAAUGAAUUUGAUGCAUGGAAACCUUUUUGAAAGACUUGCUUCUAAGAUGCAAUAAAGACUUUUUUUUUACUUGCAAUUCUAA